CACGCCGCCUCGGAGGGGUCCCGGGCAUCAUGGCGGAGCCGGAGGUCUCAUCGCAGGCUAGCCGGGCCCCGCAGGCUAGCGCUCCCUCGGUCUCCACAGUGUCUGCAGCCACGGCUCCGCCGGUAGUGGGUGGAGGCGGAGCCGGAGGAAGCAGCAGCGAUCCGGUUCGCCCGGGGUUGAGCCAGCAGCAGCGCGCGAGCCAGCGUAAGGCGCAUGCGCGGAGCUUCCCGCGGGCAAAGAAGCUGGAAAAGCUAGGGGUGUUCUCAGCCUGCAAGGCUAAUGACUCUUGCAAAUGCAAUGGGUGGAAGAACCCAAACCCUCCCACAGCCCCCCGUAUGGACCUGCAACAGACGGUCACCAACCUCAGCGAGCCCUGCCGGAGCUGUGGGCACACGCUAGCUGACCAUGUGUCUCACCUGGAGAAUGUCUCAGAGGACGAGAUCAAUCGGCUUCUGGGGAUGGUGGUAGAUGUGGAGAACCUUUUCAUGUCAGUGCACAAGGAAGAGGACACAGACACCAAGCAAGUUUAUUUCUACCUGUUUAAGCUCCUAAGGAAAUGCAUCCUGCAGAUGAGCCGCCCAGUUGUUGAGGGCUCACUCGGAAGCCCCCCUUUUGAGAAACCAAAUAUUGAACAGGGCGUCUUAAACUUUGUGCAGUACAAGUUCAGCCACCUGCCCCCUAAGGAGCGACAGACCAUGUUUGAGUUGUCUAAGAUGUUCCUUCUGUGCCUAAACUACUGGAAGCUGGAAACGCCGUCUCAGUUCCGCCAGCGCUCCCAAAAUGACGAUGUGGCAACGUACAAGGUUAACUACACCCGGUGGCUGUGCUAUUGCCAUGUCCCCCAAAGCUGCGACAGCCUCCCACGCUACGAAACCACCCAGGUGUUUGGGCGCAACCUCCUCAAGUCCACUUUCACGGUAACUCGCCGGCAGCUGCUGGAGAAGUUCCGCGUGGAGAAGGACAAGCUGGUGCCAGAGAAACGGACCCUCAUCCUCACCCACUUCCCCAAGUUUCUAUCUAUGCUCGAGGAAGAAAUCUAUGGCGAGAGCUCACCAAUCUGGGAGGCUGACUUUACUAUGCCAGCGUCAGAAGGAACCCCACUCGUUCCCCGGCCAGCAAUCAGCACCGUUCCUGCAGCCAGCACUCCGCUUUUCAGCAAAUCUCUGAGCUGCAGUUCCUCCUUGGCUUCCAUUAACCUGGAUGGCAGCUCAUUGGAUUCUGUGCCAGGUGAGAAGAGGAAGCUCCCAGAGAGCCUGACGCUGGAGGAUGCGAAGCGGAUUCGCGUGCUGGGCGACAUCCCGAUGGAGCUCGUAAAUGAAGUGAUGUUGACUAUCACAGAUCCAGCAGCCAUGCUGGGACCUGAGACCAGCCUGCUCUCCGCCAAUGCAGCCCGGGAUGAGACUGCCCGCCUAGAGGAGCGCCGCGGCAUCAUCGAAUUCCAUGUCAUUGGCAACUCACUCUCGCAGAAAUCCAACAAGAAGAUUCUCAUGUGGCUGGUUGGGCUGCAGAAUGUAUUUUCACACCAGCUGCCUCGAAUGCCCAAGGAGUACAUUACCCGUCUGGUUUUUGAUCCCAAACACAAGACUCUGGCACUGAUCAAGGAUGGCCGAGUGAUCGGCGGCAUCUGCUUCCGAAUGUUCCCUACCCAGGGGUUCACAGAGAUUGUCUUCUGUGCUGUGACGUCCAAUGAGCAAGUCAAGGGUUAUGGGACCCACCUGAUGAAUCACCUGAAAGAAUACCACAUCAAGCACAGCAUCCUGUACUUCCUUACCUAUGCUGAUGAAUAUGCCAUUGGCUAUUUCAAGAAGCAGGGCUUCUCCAAAGACAUCAAAGUCCCCAAGAGCCGAUACCUUGGCUAUAUCAAGGACUAUGAGGGCGCCACCUUGAUGGAGUGCGAACUGAAUCCCCGGAUCCCUUACACAGAGCUCUCUCAUAUCAUCAAGAAGCAGAAGGAGAUCAUCAAGAAGUUGAUAGAGAGGAAGCAGGCCCAGAUCCGCAAAGUCUACCCCGGCCUCACUUGCUUCAAGGAAGGUGUUCGGCACAUCCCUAUCGAAAGCAUACCAGGCAUCCGAGAGACGGGAUGGAAGCCAUUGGGGAAGGAGAAAGGGAAGGAGCUCAGGGAUCCUGACCAGCUGUAUACAACCUUGAAAAACCUCCUAGCGCAAAUCAAGACCCAUCCCAGCGCCUGGCCGUUCAUGGAACCGGUGAAGAAAUCUGAGGCUCCUGACUACUAUGAGAUCAUCCGUUUCCCCAUUGACCUCAAGACGAUGACGGAGCGGCUCAAGAACCGCUACUACGUCACCAAGAAGCUGUUUAUCGCCGACUUGCAGCGCAUAAUCACCAACUGCCGCGAGUACAACCCCCCCGAGAGCGAUUACUGCAAGUGCGCCAACACCCUGGAGAAGUUCUUCUACUUCAAGCUCAAGGAAGGGGGCCUCAUCGACAAGUAGUAGCAUCUGGGCUUAUUCCCUCCCACACACACCUCCGUCCUUCCAUCUUGUGGGAACUCUCUUCUGGCUUGUGGCGAACAGCUGGCCGCUUCUCUGCUGCCUUUUGCCGCGUCUCACGCACAAACCACAUGUGGGGUUGGCUGGAUAAAAGAGCUUUUCCUUUUAUGUGAGGGGGCGUGGGAUGCGCACGGGUGCCAUCUCUGUUGCAUGCUUCUCCUUGCCCCUGAACAGACUGGGAUCUGCCAUCGGCUCUCUUGAAUUUCCGAGCCUUAUCACUCCAUCUGUUGGGUCUUCCUUCUUAGAAGAGAGUCAUGUGGGAGUAGUCUGGGAGAUCACGCGAGAAAAAGAUUCUGAAUCCUUGCAUUAUGCAUCUGAAACAUGUAUUGAGGGAUGUGAGAAGCCCCCACCCCCAUUUUUCCGUAUAUGUCUGUGGGUUUUCUUGUGCUUCCAUGUGUUGGGUAGGUUUUUCACCUGCGUGCACUUCAUCCUUGCUUUAAAAUUCAGCCAUUUCUUCUUGACAUAUGAAUGUAGAAAAGGAGCACUUGAGGGGUAGAAGAGGAGCAGGAGACUGGGGGAGACUUUAUUACAGACUCGAGCAAUAAAGAGGUUUCUUCCCCCCCCCAAAAAAAAAGUCUUUGAUGGGACCAUGAAAAACAGAAGCCCUUCUUUUUGUUUUUGGCUAGCUCACAACUUUCCCACUAUCCUGUUUGAAUGCUGUUGGCCUGUCCUGCAGAGCAGUGUUUCCCAAACGUGGGUCUCCAGCUGUUUUUGGACUACAGUUCCCAUCAUCCCUGACCACUGGUCCUGCCAGCUAGGGAUGAUGGGAGUUGUAGUCCAAAAACAGCUGGAGACCCACGUUUGGGAAAAGCCCUGCUGUAGAGGAAAGGACCCCUUUCGAACCUCAGGCUAAAUCAGGCAUCCCCAAACUUCGGCCCUCCAGAUGUUUUGGACUACAAUUCCCAUCUUCCCUGACCACUGGUCCUGCUAGCCAGGAAUCAUGGGAGUUGUAGGCCAAAACAUCUGGAGUGCCGCAGUUUGGGGAUGCCUGGGCUAAAUUGUGACUGCAUUCACCAGGCAGCUCAUUCCGUUUUCACGACUUUCCCCUAAUAGUUAAGUUCCACUUUAUAUCUGAAUUUUCACCUGACUUAAAAAGUCACUUCCAGAACUCUAGUGCAAGUUUAGUGCUCAUUUAUGUGUAAUUUGCUUGGCGGCGGGGGUGUGUGUGUGUCUAUUUGCAGAUAAUGUGGAAAUGAGUGCUAAACUUGCCCUAUACUUUCCAGUGUGGUUCCGGAAGUGGAUAUUACAUUGUGUGAAAGCACAAAUACAAUGUGGAAAUUAAACUUUUAGGAAAAUGUCGCGGAAAUAGAAUGAACUGCCAGGUGAAUGCAGCCAGGCAAACAAGUAAAGGGUACGGAGGGGGGUGGGAAUAACCCCCUUGCUCACUUGCCAGGUUUUGCCCUCUCAAAUUGGAUUGGAAUUUUACACCCCUCUGCUUGGUGGUGGUAGUGGCUUGGCUGUCUGAUCUCUCUAUCCACAACACAACGUAUGACCCAUUCCUGAUUAUUUUCUGUCCUGCACUUACGUCCCCACAACUAUUUGAUCCGCUGCAUCUGAGUUUAGUGUUCAUCUCUGCACUUAACAACUUUUGCACACAGACACUCUCCCACCCCCUCUGUCAAGACUAGCCAAGCUUUGGUGGGGGGAAAUAAUCAGGAACACAACUCGGUAUCGGUAGUGCCAAUGAUUCCGUCCCUCUCAUUGGAGCUCCACCCACCCGCCUGCCAGUCUUCAACACACACUUUCCUACACGUAUAUCUGUGAGUGUCUGCCAUAUUUGCUGUUUCCCAUGCCUUGGUUUAAAGGAGGUAUAGAGAGGAUCUCAAAUAGAGGCAGCCAGUUUUGCUGUUAACCAGAUACAUUAAAAUGAUCAUGACGUGCGGUAAGUUGCCAAGUUGGCACAGCCGCUCUCCUCAGGCGCCCUAUAAAUUUUGUGGUGCUUAAUAUCUGUGCCACCAUGUGGUGCGACAAAAUUAUAGCCCAGUUGUUUUUCCUCUUGGCCAUGAGAGUACAAUUGUGAGGACAUUAAAUGCCCUAAGCCACGCAUGGGGAACCAGGGCCCUCGAUACUUUAUUGGACUCCAGUUCCCAUCAGCCCUAGUCAGCGAGGCCCAAAGGUCGGGGGGUGAUGGGAGUUGUAGUUAAACAGCAUCUGGAAGCCCCACUCACCCCCCCUGUACUAAGAAUUGCAGGCCUUUGUUGCAAUAAUUUCUGGGGUCUUGUGGUGAGAAAAACAAAUGUGUAACACCCUAGACCAGCUUUUCUCAACCUUGGGUCCCUAGAUAUUAAUGGACUGCAACUCCCAUCAUUCCUAGUCAGCAUGACCAGUGGUCAGGGAUAAUGAGAGCAUCUGGGGACCCAAGGUUGAGAGAUGCUGCCCUAGAUAAUAGUGGCAUUUUAUUGGUGGCCUGUAUAUUUAAUACAGGGAGUGUGAGCUGCCCACCCACACUCACUUUUUCCCUUCCAGCACAGGUGUGGGGAACAUUUAGCCCCCUCCCACCAUCCCUGGCCGUUGACUAUACUUGCUAGGGCUGAUGGGAGUUGUAGUUUAGCAACAUCUGAAGGUUCCCCAGAUUUCAGUAGGUAUAGGGCAGGCAUCCCCAAACUUCGGCCCUCCAGAUGUUUUGGACUACAAUUCCCAUCUUCCCCAACCACUGGUCCUGUUAGCUAGGGGUCAUGGGAGUUGUAGGCAAAAACAUCUGGAGGGCCGCAGUUUGGGGAUGCCUGGUAUAGGGUAAUGGGAAAGGAGGGUUGGAAAGUUGGGGUGGGUGGACAACUAGAUUGUGUUCAGUUAUCCAACCUGCUACUGGGGGAUUUGCCCAGGUGGAAUAUACUCUGUUUUAAGUGCUUGCUGUCAGUGUCAUCAUUUUGUUGGGGCUGUGUGUGUCUGGUUAACACUUUUUCUGGGGUAUUUGGUGUAAAACGUAACCCCCUCAGCUGCAAAUUUGAAUAAGAAAAAAAGGUUGCUGUGGGAAGUUAAGUCAAAGAUCUUCCACUUCAUCCCGGUCCUUUCCUCCAACCUUGUGCAUGCUCAUCACCCUUCCCCCUCUCAAUUACAGAGGAGUUGUUGUUUGUCCUUUAAGCCUCUGAGGAACCUUAUAAAAGGGGAGUGGAGAGAGGGAGGGAAGCAUUUGAGUGACGAUCCACUUGCCUUCUCUUAAGUGACUGUUGCCUUAUGUCCACCACAUUUGUGAGCUUAACCUGUACAAUUGCAGGGCCUGACUCUACCACUCUGGGCCUUUCAAUAAUGUUGCCAUUCCAUUUUUUUAAAUACAUAAAAGGAAACAAAAAAAUAAUAUGUCUGAAAUAUAAAAGGUGUGUUGCUUUCUUUUUUGACCAACUAUUGUAGGUUUUGUUGGAAACUUUACCCUUAAUAGCGAAGUGAUUGCAUAUGUUUCAUUAGCUCUGGCUUUUCGGAGGGCAGGCUUGGUUAAAUACCCAAAUUAUUUAAUAAGCCAGGGUUCUUUCUUUUCUAGGUCAUCUGUUCAUAAUUUGUAUCCAUAGAUCUCGGCGGUUCACAACACAAAUUACAAUGCUAAGAAAAAGAGUCUGCUUGGUCUUUUCCCAAUGCUGACUAUGAAAUAGCUUAUGGAAACUUGCCUGUCAUAGCUAGGGCCAGUUUGCAUAUGUAGUUUGCUAAAGUAGAACAGAUAGCUUUUUAAAACAUUGCUCAAAGAAACAAACAAUUCUGGCACUGAUAUGUUUCAUAUUUACAUAAUGCUGGGGGACACACACACGUUCUCUAAUAUAUUCUAUACUCUUAAUACAAUAAUGUUAGUGUUUUCACACAGCUACUCAAGAUGAGGAAACCUACAGAGGACAUGGCUUGUAAGCAUUUAGGGCAAAUAAAUCCAUCUUCCACACCAUGCAAAGCAUUUGGGAUUGGUUCAUAUCCUGAAAUAGCCAGUGUCACAGAACUUUGAUUAAAUGGCAGUAAACAUGCAGAGGACAGUACUAGACUUCAAGUAAAGCCAAGUCUGGCAGUUUAUAGUACCUUGGGGUGGGGAGCCUUUAAAACUAUGCAUACAUACUGUUGUAAAAUUUAAGCUGGUUCCUAUGAACCCAGAGAAAUGGAUCUUGACCCAGGGAGAGCUCAAGGAUCCAGGCAAGCAGACGAAUUUAAGCGUCUCCUGCCCACCAAAUAACAGAGACCAAACCAGGACUUACGAAGCAAGGCACUUUUAUUUUUGCUGUUGCAACAGGGUCCUUCCUCUCACACAGGAGAACAAGGAAGGAACCCCAAACAAAGAUGUCUUGCCCUUAAAAAGAAAUUUGAAAUUGGUUUCAGCCCACCCCCCCAGAAGCAUCAUCCAUAUGUCACAGAAGGGGUGUAGCCCAAGACCCCCCUCCCUAGAUUCAUCAUAGGUACAUCAUGAAAGGGGAGGUCUGGUGGCAGUAAUCUGAGCAGUCUGGACCCUGCCCCCUGCCCCCCAAAACCUAAUCAACAAAAUUGAGAGAUAUUUACAUUUCCCUGUUUCCCAGCCAAGUUAAUCACACCCUUUUGUCUGGCAGUCAGGUAUCAGGAUGCCAGGGAUUAUCACUUUAAUUCCUGAGACAAUGAGAAGGUUCCCCCCACCCCACUUCUUCCUUGCAGAGGAACACCUGGUCAGAGAGAGAGUCAAAAUGGUGUCAGAAAGGCCUGUCUUCCUGUGCUGCUUCAGACAUGUGCCUGUACAUUCAUGUACAUGUUUUAUGAACAAUUAUUAUAUAUAUAUAGAUAUGACCUCAAAAUUCUUAUAACAAUUCCCCAUUUGGGGCUAUAAUUUUUCUUAAAAAUUGUUGCCCCACAAAAGAAUAACCAGAUGUGUUGUUUUAGUACUUUGGGAGAAGCAUUUCUCAAAAAUGGUCUAUGUAUUACACUUAACAGGAUGGUCCACCAAUAUUGACUGGAAAGUGCAGUUUGCUUGUUUACCCUUUUGUGUGUUCUCAGGUGUCAAAAGCUAGCUCUCCUCUGGUUGCACACCUCCAACGUGGCACAACAGCAACAAUCCCUGGUGAAUCCCCUUAGGGCUUUCAUAUUGACCAUGUCGCCUGGCACUCACCAUAGCUGCCACAGGUUUGGACAUGUCAUGAGAGAGAUGCCUUUGCCUUGGGCUUUCUAUGGGCCUUUAUUAUAGGCUCUGGCCUUGCACUGUAGGGAGUUGCCCAGUUGCUCUUAAAGGAAGAAAGCUACUUGCACCUUGGAUACACUUGCCCAAUUAGAACUGAAGCCAAAUUAAAAUUUAUACAGCCCCAUAAAACAUGUCCAAAUUAGUCAAAUUUAACUCUAAAAGGGAUCAUUCCUGUUAAAUCAAGACAUAAAUACCUUCAUUUAUCUGGUGUUUCAUGGAUCUUGGAGCUUAUUCUUGGUAAAAUGAGUAAAAACAAAUUUAAAAAAUGUGUAGAGAAGGUUGGCACACUGCAGAGUGCCAGGUGGGACAAGAAAAUGUGGUCAUAAGUUGAUCUAAUCUAAAUACUGAACUAUGCAAUAUCCUGAUCCUUUAAAAGGCAUACAAUGCAUGGCAAUAAUACAAAAAAAAAAAAAACAUUGGGACACUAUACAUUUUUUUUUUUAAAAAAAACCCAACAAUUAAACACAAAAUUGGUUCACCUCCCCCUCCUUGUGGAAAUAACAUACUGUCAGACAUAGUUCAAUGUUUCUGUCGAAUAUCACGCAACAUAAGACCUAAUAAUUAUAUAUCAGUUGUAUGUCUUGAGGCCAUCAUGAUCUUGAGACAAUUCCGGCUGCUUUUAAAUCCUAGGGCACAGAGUCUUGAGGUCAAGGAGAGAGAAUGUCCUUGCAAUUCACUUUCCCCCUUUGUCCCAAAGUCAUUUGACACAUUUCAGUAUUCCUAUAUAACACAUAAUGCACAAAACCUUCAAAUUAUUAAUUAUACGCCAUUUGUAUAUCUUGAGGCAAUCAGGUGAACUUGAGAUAAUUCUUGCUGCUUUUGCAUGUAUCUCCAACAAGGGGGUUUUCUUGUCUGCCUUCGAGUCACUGGGAGGAAGUUAACAGUACUUCUAUAACAGCACUUCUAAACCUUGCUGAAACGUUAUAGCUUUCUAGGUCCUCCUUCUUAGGUUGUGAUCAAAGAGAUAAAAUGUCAAUUUGGUUUCCUGUAAAACAUCCUUUUGAAAAUAGGCCUGCAGGGGGUUGGGGCCUGAAGAUAUAAUUAGUUAAAAAAUAAUAGUGAUAAAUAGUCAAGAAAGGGGAGAAUAUUCUAGAAAUUUCUUCUUGGGGAGCUGCAAAUAAUAUAAGAUCAUAGUUAUUUAAUUACUGCUGUUAUUGUCUACUCAGUCAGUUUAAUUUACUUCACCUAGUUUGGCUGUGGAGGAAACAAAGGACAAAAAUUUUGUUAAUUAGGACACAAUCGAUAAGUUAUUAACAUUUUCCUUAUGUGGUUCUGAAUUCUCUUUGAGGUUCAUGUAUCUUGUUUGAAAGGGAUUAUUAUUAUUAUUAUUUACAGGAAAGAAUGACUUAGAUGCUACAUUUGUAUGUACAGAAAGAAAAAGUAGAAAUACCAAAAAAAAAAAGAUACAAAAAUAAAACAAAAUAAAAUUUAGAUUACCACUCACACAACAAUUUUUACCUGGUUAUUGUUAGAAUAAUUU